AGGAGUAUACUGGCGGCUGUCAUAUGACAACAUCCUACACACUGUCGUCUCAUGACUAGAGUCGUUUUCGCUGUUCAUUUUCAACGAUGUCUUUAUAUAAUGUAUCCAAAGAAGCCCUAAUUGGUUCGGCAGCUCUGGGUGCUGUUUUUGCUGUAGGAUUAUGGAUAGGAGGAAGACAAGUGCCCUCAUACGGCAUUCUCAACACCUUUAAGAGUCAUGCUGGGGCAAAAGGCAAUCCUUUAAUGGGGUAUGUGCUUGAGCACUCGCUGAGAGAGCACCCUGUACUGAAGAAGCUGAAACUGCAUACACUUGAACAUCCUGGAAACCAGAUGAUGGUGGCUUGUGAACAAGCUCAGCUGAUGGCCAACCUUGCCAAACUCAUAAAAGCAAAGAAAGCAAUUGAAGUCGGAGUGUAUACAGGGUACAACGCUUUAAAUCUGGCUCUUGUACUGCCAGAUGAUGGCAAGGUUGUUGCUUGUGAUGUCAGUGAAGAGUUUACCAGCGUGGGAAAACCCUUUUGGAAAGAAGCUGGAGUUGAACAUAAAAUUGACCUGAGGAUACAGCCAGCUCUACAAACCCUUGAUGAACUUGUGGCUGCUGGUGAAGCUGAAACCUUUGACUUUGCCUUUAUUGAUGCUGACAAAGCUAAUUAUGACCAAUAUUACGAGAAGUGUCUACUGCUAAUUAGGAAAGGAGGAAUUAUAGCCAUUGAUAAUGUGCUAUGGGGAGGUAAAGUCCUGAACCCAGAGAAGGGCGACAUAGACACCCAGUGCAUUCACAAGCUGAAUGAGAAAAUUCACAGAGAUACCAGGGUCAAUAUCAGCAUGAUAACAGUAGGAGAUGGUUUAACCUUGGCAUUCAAGCUCUAACCUAUUGUAGAUGUUAAAAGCAUACAGGUCAGGGAAUCUGUCCUGUUUAUGACCAAAAAUGGUUUGGAAGUACAGUAGAGGAACACUUUAAAAAUAAUGACUACAACUACCUAAUGCAUUCUGUGUGUGUGUGGUGAAGGGGGGGGGGAACCAUGGUUUUAAAGUGUUAAUAGAUAAUGUAUGUCUUUAAGAAUUGAUGACAAUUUUGAUCGUUCAUGCCAUACAGGUUGCAGGGAUGAAAAUAAUAAACAAGUGAUGUAGUGAUUGUUAUACAAAGAUUUAACACUAGGUUAUAGUAUUAAUUGGUUGUUGCAACUAAGAAGAUGCCAUUUAUACAAAUUAUUGUAACCUUGCCUAAAAGUACCAGGAACAA